AACACCAGUUAGAUCGGAGAGAGAAGCUGAUACAUGCGAGUGGCGGAUCGAACGGUGACGAGCGUGAUGCGAUCCUUGUCAAAACAUCCCUAAUUCAAGCCCCACUUCCACCGAUUAAUCACUGGAUUAAAUCAGCGAGACAAGGUCUGGAUAAAUUGCCAAAAAAGGUUCUCGAGUGCCGAAAAUUAAAACGCAGAGCGUUGUUUGUUUCCGAGAGUUCAGUGACAGUGCGGAGACCAAUGGAUUUCAGAGUCUUCGUAAUUCUAUCGCGUGUUUCCAGUGUAAGAGAGUGAUUUUUUUGUGUGUGCGUUUUGUUUCUAUGAUGUUAUCCAUGUCGAAUAUGGGAAAGGAGGCGGAUUUAUUGCAAGCGAUCAAAGCGGAGGAUAUUCGUGGAAUUGCGAGACUACUUGCUAAGUACAACAGAUCUUCAAAACCAAAGCUGUUGGGAACGGGUAAAAGAAUCAACGUUAAUGCUCAGGACUGCGAUGGGAUGUCAGGUCUACAUCAGGCUGCCCUCAUGUGCAGCGUGCCAAUCAUUCAACUUCUGCUGGAUGCGGGCGCCCAUGUAGACAUCAAGGACAACAAAGGAAUGCGUCCUUUGCACUAUGCAGCUUGGCAAGGUAAACCGGAACCUGUCGCACUGUUGCUACAGUACAACGCGUCUGUCAACGAACAAGCCAAUAAAGGAGAAACGCCAUUGCAUCUGGCCUGUCAACACGGGCAUGUGCUAGUGACGAGUUUAUUGUUGAAGUACCAUUCUAACAUUCUCGUGAGAAAUAUCAAUCACAAAUCGCCUCUUGACUUAGCUUGUGAAUUUGGUCGCUAUCAGGUAGUGGAGCUGUUGCUACAACAGCAAGUGAAUGGUCGUUGCCGGUCUCUGCUUUCAGAGAAUCCUCAGGACACAGCGGAUAACGAUCGAACCACUUGCCUUCACCUUGCUGCUCGAAAUGGCCAUGUAGACGUCAUCAGGUUGCUGUUAAAUGCUGGCAUUGACAUCAACAGAUCGACUCUGAGGGGGACCGCCCUGCACGAAGCGGCCAUGCACGGCAAAUUGGACGUCGUGCGCAUGCUUAUUGAGAGCGGAGUGGAUGUAAACAAACCAAAUUCCUACGAUCAAACUGCUCUGGAUAUAGUUAGAUCGUUUACUACCUGCCACGCUGAGAGAGAAAUGAAACACUUGUUGAAGGAAAUCAUCAACGCCGUACAAGCACGGGCCAUUCGAGACUUCGAUGAACCCUCCGACCCCAACUGUCUACCCUUGAAGGAAGGACAACAGGUGACGGUGUUGGAACAGAGAGCAGAUGGACGAUGGCGUGGUAUUGUCUUCCAUCCAAAUUAUACAUCAUCCAGCGGCUAUUUUCCAGCCACAGUUGUCCAACUCAUGGAUCGUCCUGUGGGCGGAUCACAUCGUACUGGCACUCUGAAGAGUGGCACCAUGAAGAAGGUGGCGCCCCCAGUAGUGCCAGAGUUGUCCUACCGAAAUUCUGGUUCUAGUUUCUCUAGUGGAUAUGGCAGUCAGGCCACUGUGGACAGAAACUCUUGCGGUAGCUUGGGCACUGAUGAGCCUGUAUCGCCACCACCGAAUUCUCCAAAUCCAGAUGCCUGUAUGUAUGGGACCAUGCCUUCGCCAACGAAAUUAUCGCAUUUCUGCUUUCCUGACGUUCAGAGCCAGUAUACUCAGGUCAUUGUCCAUGCUCAACCUGGUAGUCAACCUUCCACGCCUGUCGAUAAUACUCCUGGACCACUAGGCUCUACUUCGGUAUGUCACGCCAUGUUAGAAGACCAGGGUAUCGACGUUUGUCCUAGCCCUGGGGGUAGCAGUGCCAGUGGAACAUCUUCCAGACACAGCAUGUCAAGUGUUGAUAGUGGACGAGCUUCUGGAUCAGAUAAGGUAGGGUCUCAGAAAUCGCACUCGAAGCACAUUUUGGUGGAGACAGUGCAUCGUCAUAGUUACCAUAGUUCCACAUCAAGUGUCUCUAGUGAUGACCUUCAAAUUAUGGGUAGCAAUGUGGCCGAGAUGAUUUUGCAUGGCCUACCGGAUGGUGAAAUUUUAUCUGCUUGGUUGACUAGUUUGAAAUUCGAAGAAUACUGCCCUCUGUUCCAACAAGCCGGAUACGACAUGCCUACGAUAUCGAGAAUGACCCCCGAGGAUUUGACCGCUAUUGGAAUUACGAAACCAAAUCAUCGUAGAAAAUUAAAAGCCGAAAUAGCCAGACUUAAUAUUUCAGAUGGUAUACCAGACUAUAAACCUAAUUCUUUACUUGAAUGGUUGCAUUUAUUAAGAUUAGAAGAAUACUAUGAAACAUUAUGUGAUCAAGGGUACGAUUCUGUUGAUAAAGUUACAGAAUUGACAUGGGAAGAUUUAGAAGAAAUUGGCAUCCAAAAAUUAGGUCACCAGAAAAAAAUAACGCUUGCAAUCAAACGAGUCAAAGAUAUCUCGAAUGGUAUCAAGCGUUCCAGCCAUGUUCCUGAACCUCAUGAAUUAACUGGCAGCUGCUUAAACACUCUUUCUAGGCCUACAACUUUAAAUAAUGUUCCACCGUAUUCUUAUCAUAGUCAAGAAGUCGCUAUCAGCACUACCCGUUCCCGCAUUUCCCCGACUUCCAAUGAUAUGGGCCUCGAGUUUAAAACAUUCCAGCAGUCGCCACCAAAAGAAGAUGUGUUUCAACACUAUAUCACUUCUAGAGAUUGUGAUUCUCCGUCCCAUCAUGGCAACUUGUAUCAACCUAAUGUAGUUACUAUUCAGGUUCGAUCAACAAGCAGAGGUCGUUCGUUAGAAAGUUUAGAUAUGGACGACUCUGUUUCUACUGUGAUGCAUCAACCCUAUUAUACUAACUCAGACUGUUGGUACGACACUGUAAGUGCGUGGAGGCAUAACGGCUACGACACGGACAGUGAAUUAAGUGUUCAUGACCAUUAUUCAUAUGAGACAAGUGGAACUGCCACUCUAAACAGACCAAAGGGCAUGGUCAAACCCAGACCCAUUGCUAAAAUAACUGCCAAAACGCGGCAGUCGGAUCCAGAAAUCAACUUUGAUAUCGAUGAUGAUCCAAAGAACUUAAAAAUUUCCAAUCAGGUUAUAGACAGCUGGUCCCCUCAACACAGUUGGUCAAAUAUGAACUCUUCCCAGCUGUAUGGGACUCUGAGGAGCAAAAGAAAUCCACCACCGCCACCCAAAAGAACUAAUUCUAUAAAAAAUGAGCGCAGUAUUGAAGCGAUGAAAGACGAAGCUUUUGCGACCUGUGUCAAAGGUCUUGCCUCUCGGUUUGUGAUGGGCAGCACAGAUCUGCCCCCACCUCCUGGGGAUACUGACCGUUCUGCUUCUCCAGCCCUCACAGAAGAUUUCCCUCCCCCGCCUUCUCCUCUAUCCUCAGUUAUAGACUUGACAAAUUCUUCCGUAUUGUCCAAGGAAGAAACGAUUUGUGCCAAAGAGCUGCAAGGUGAUUCGCCUCAUACGCGGUUUCGCCAAAGAAGAAAAGAUUCUGCAGACUCCAAUAUUUCCACUUCGAGCACAGAGUCGAACCAUCUACCUUUUGCCAAUGAAAAUGUUGGGACUAUUAAGCAGAGAUCUGCAAAAUCUCUGGCAUCUGAAGCAUCACCAGCUGCAUCUCCUUCAAAUACUCUCAGAAAGUCUAACCUAUGUUCGAGUCAAGCUUCUACGCAAAUGUUAUCAAGUAAAAGAGGUAGUGUAGGAGAUAAGAAAGCUUUAAAAGAAAGUAGUGGGCGUGCCAUGGAACACUCUGGUGCCACUGAUGUCAUAGUUGACAUAGAAAACAUGCUAGCUAAUUUAUCAACUCAACUUGAUGCAAUGUUGGAAUAUCAGUUGAAUGAUGCUUGAAGUUUACAAAACCAAAGCUGAAUCGAACAACGGUUUUUAUCAAGAUGAAAGUCAGCGAUUUGGCUCUGACAUGCAGUGAAUACAAACUGUUUUUUUAUAGAUGCUGUAGCUGGCUGCAGUGAUAUGAAAGUUUGUUUCUCUUUUGUGUAGUCGUAUAGACCCAAAUUGUUGAUGCCAUAUAGACAGUUUCAGUUGUUGAAUUGAAAUUGGAAAAAAAGUUGUUGGAAAGCCAGUUAACUAUUUUCAUAAGAAAAGAAAUUUAGGGGUACAGUUUUUUUCUUGAUCUUCUUCCCCACCUAUAGUUACAUUUUUAUAAAAGUGUUCUCCUUCUUUUAGAUUAUGGGCAAUAAAAAAUUCACAGAUAGCAGAAAUUUUUUUCCCCACUCAUCUAAGUUUUGAAUAAUGAACAACUGGAUUAGGUUUGUACAUAUUAUCAUAUAGAAUCAGUAAACAAAAUUUUAAAAAAUAAUAAUCAGCUCAAUAAAAUAUUAAAAAUCUUUAAUUUUUUUAAAAAAUGCCUGCAAAUAUGUGUAUUUUCUAAUUUUAAAUAGGCAGUCUUUAGCUCUAAACAAUUCUAAAGAGCAAAUUUUGGAAGAUAAAAAAAAAGUAAUUAAUGCUAACAAAUUUAAUACGAAAAAAAUAUAUAUUAUAUUUAAAAAAAACAGAUGAAACAAUAGUUCAAUAUUUUGCUGCAUACUAAAUUUUCAGAACAAUUUUAAGUUAGAUUUAACUAUUAGCUAAACAUUAAAUAUCAUGUUUUUAGACGUAACAUGUAGCUUAGGUCUAAAAUUAAACACAUUAUCAUUUUGAAAGUUUAAAAAAAAUUGUCAACAUUUAUUUUCAGCACUCGCAAUUAUUUUCUGAUUGUCUAAUUGAAGGGUUUUAUAUUAAAUUAUUGAAAUCAGUUUCAAAUAUAACCUUUACUUUUAUUAUAUAAACCCAAUAUAUACAAAAAAGAAAAAAAUAUAUAUUUCAUCAGAUAUACAGUUGGCUCUCUGUUUAACCACAUUCUAUUUAAAGACUUUCUCUAUUUAAGGACAGCUUUUUGCGUUCCCAGAUGGUCCACUAUAGUGUUAAAAGCAUUCUAUUUAAGAACGAUUUUUUUGUGGUCCCCUGAAAGUCGUUAAACAGAGAGCCAACUGUACAAUAGAGAAUGAGUUAGUGCUGCUAAUUUUCAAAUGGUCUUUAUACAGUUUAUACAAUUUAGUGGUGGUGUGAUUAUUAAAAGAGUUCUGCUUGUUGAAUACUGUUGAUGACUGCCUCUGACUGCGCAGUAUGUAGGUGGUGUUAUGUAACGAUAGUUAUUGUUCUUGACAAUCUUUGUGUUUUAAAACACAAAGUGAUCUUAUGUGUGAAAAGGGAGUACCAUUUUCCUAAAACAUUUAAGACUAAAGAUGUUUGUUCAUACAAAGGAAACAUAGAGAAGCAUUUGUUUUUACAGUUUUUUGAAAGCAACAAGAUUUAAUAUGUAAAAGAAUAAAACUCUUUACAAAAUAAAAAGGUAGUAAUUUGUUGUUUAA